GUUUUGGUUAAAUAUACUUUUGUUUGAUAUGGCAUAAACAUAUCUGAUAAAGUGUUCAGAAAAAAAAACAGAACACAAGUUGAAAGGAAGCCCCUACAAAACUACAAAACUGUCUGAAUCUCCUCCCGAGAGAAUCCAACGGCAGACAGAAGACUCCAGCCUCCACCGACAUGCAAAAAAAAAAAUAAUAUCACAUCCAUGGCUCUGUAAUUUCCCACUCUAUCCUGUAGGGGAAGCAUUACCAUGGCUUCAGUAGUAGCAGAGCCACAGAACGCAGUUCAGGACACAAGUUACUGGAGAUGGAGCAAGAACGAUUUCUUACCGGAGGAAUCCUUCCAGAGCUGGAGCCAUUACACGACCGCUCUUUCUCAGACGUGUCUUCGGCUCAAGAACCGUGCGACCAGCAGAUCCGACGAAGCCCACGAACGGGUCGAGCUCAAGAAACAGAGCGAGAACGACAUGAAACGGUGCCUCACGUGGUGGGAUCUCCUCUGGUUCGGUUUCGGCUCCAUCGUCGGAGCCGGAAUCUUCGUCCUGACCGGUCAAGAAGCUCACAACCACGCCGGACCAGCCAUCGUCUUGUCCUACGUCGCCUCCGGGAUAUCGGCCAUGCUCUCUGUCUUCUGCUACACUGAAUUCGCCGUCGAAAUCCCGGUGGCGGGCGGUUCGUUUGCGUACUUGAGGAUCGAGCUCGGGGAUUUCGCCGCGUUCAUCACGGCAGGGAAUAUACUUCUCGAAAGCAUUGUCGGAACUGCAGCCGUGGCCAGAGCCUGGACUUCAUACUUUGCCACUCUUCUGAAUCGCCAACCGGACUCGUUAAGGAUCAAAACAAGAUUCGCCCGUGAAUUCAAUCUCCUAGAUCCGAUAGCCGUUGUUGUUUUACUCGUAUCAGCUACUAUCGCAUCGAUCAGCACCAGAAAGACUUCGUACCUCAACUGGAUAGCUUCAGCUAUAAACACUCUGGUGAUCUUUUUCGUCAUAAUCGCGGGUUUUCUGCAUGCCGAUUCUUCGAAUUUGACGCAUUUCUUCCCUUACGGUCCCGAGGGAGUGUUCAGAGCGGCAGCGGUGGUGUAUUUUGCAUACGGAGGAUUCGAUAACAUAGCCACCAUGGCUGAGGAAACCAAGAACCCGUCAAGAGACAUACCUUUAGGGCUUCUCGGGUCGAUGUCGAUAAUCACGGUGAUAUACUGCUUGAUGGCGCUCUCCUUGAGUACGAUGCAAAAGUACACAGAGAUCGAUCCGAAUGCAGCUUACUCGGUUGCAUUCCAGAGCGUCGGUAUGAAAUGGGGAAAAUACCUCGUGGCUCUCGGUGCUCUGAAAGGGAUGACCACGGUUCUUCUAGUGGGCGCUCUCGGACAAGCCCGAUAUGUUACUCACAUAGCCCGGACUCACAUGAUCCCGCCCGUUUUCGCCCUCGUCCAUCCGAAAACGGGAACCCCGAUAAACGCCACGUUCCUCGUGGCCAUCCCCAGUGCUCUCAUCGCUCUCUUCUCGGGCCUAGAUGUCUUAGCUAGCCUCCUAUCCAUAAGCACUCUGUUCAUCUUCACAAUGAUGGCUAUUGCCCUUCUAGUGAGGAGAUACUAUGUCAAACAAGUCACUCCAAGUUCUAAUCUCCUUAAGCUUACCAUCUUCCUACUAAUCAUCAUUGCUUCUUCAAUGGGAACCUCGGCUUUCUGGGGAAUAAACCCUAACGGAUGGAUCGGGUACACGAUAACGGUUCCUCUCUGGUUCUUGGGGACAAUGGGGAUCGUUUUCUUCGUCCCUCAGCAAAGAAAACCCGAAAUCUGGGGCGUGCCAUUAGUCCCGUGGCUCCCGUCUUUAUCGAUAGCGACGAACGUCUUUCUCAUGGGAUCUUUGGGAGCUCGGGCUUUUGCGAGGUUCGGGAUUUGCACUCUGGCAAUGCUGGUGUACUAUCUUCUGUUUGGCCUGCACGCAACGUUUGAUAUGGCUCAUCAGAAGAUCGUAUCCAUGCCGAAAUCUCAGAAUGAUCUGAUCUAACUGCUAAGCUGCUGUAAUAAAAAAAAACGAGGGUUUUGGUUUUGUAGUAAUCAAACCUGUCUAGCUUCUCCUGAAUUUGAAUGGUAUUCCAUUUGGCGGGUGUUGUUUCAUUAGCUGCUUGUUUGAUAUAUCUGUAUAACAUUGAAGAGAAUCUAUCAUAGAGAAAAGAUCGCCAUCAUCAUCUUCCUUUUGGAUUUCGCAAUCAACCAGUUCUGAUCCUAACGAAAUC